AGUGGACCCGACCCGGACGGCACGGAGACACUUUCAGUUUCUUCUUCUUCUCUUCUGUCUUUGUGAUAUUUCUCUCAAAAUCAAUAUUUUUUCAUCUGUGAAACGACUUCGUCUCCUCCCACUCCAUUGUCACUUUCUUCUUCACCCUUCUCUCGUCUCCGUCUGAUUUGGCGUGUAACUUCUUUCUACCGUAAUUCUCCUUCGUCUUCUUCUCUGGUUUGGGAUUCAUGAGUUGAGUCACAAGGAAAAAGCAUGUUAGACUGUGGCAAAAAAGCAGUCAAAUCACAAGUAAUCAGUGGCCGUCUCGAGAAGUUUGUAAGUUUAUUUUGUUCUUCACAGGUUGGAUAGUAUGGAUUCUAGGUACUCGCAGACUUCUGAUACUGGUCUAAACAGAUGCACUCUCAAUUUACAAGGACCAACACGUGGUGGUGGUGCUCAGGGAAACAAUGUAUCUUCUGGUUCCUUUAAGAAAGGGUUUAGAAAAGGUUCUAAAGGUCUUUGGUCUAUAGGAAGAUCAAUUGGUUUAGGGGUUUCACGAGCAGUUUUUCCUGAAGAUCUUAAAGUAUCAGAGAAGAAGAUUUUUGAUCCACAGGACAAGUUUCUUUUGCUCUGUAACAAACUGUUUGUUACUUCUUGCAUUCUCGCUGUGUCUGUGGAUCCGCUCUUCUUGUAUCUUCCGUUUGUUAAGGAUAAUGAGAAAUGUAUCGGUAUAGACCGGAAGUUGGCUAUUAUAGCAACAACGCUGCGGACAGUAAUUGAUGCGUUUUAUCUUUUUCACAUGGCUCUUCGGUUUAGAACAGCUUUUGUCGCCCCUUCUUCUCGGGUUUUUGGUCGAGGCGAACUUGUGAUUGACCCUGCACAGAUAGCAAAACGUUAUUUGCAGCAGUAUUUCAUCAUUGACUUUCUCUCUGUGCUUCCACUUCCACAGAUUGUAGUUUGGAGAUUUCUUUACAUCUCUAAAGGUGCAAGUGUGCUAGCAACAAAGCGGGCAUUGCGAUCUAUCAUUUUAGUUCAAUAUAUUCCAAGAUUCAUUCGGUUGUAUCCUUUGAGCUCAGAGUUAAAGAGAACAGCUGGUGUUUUUGCUGAAACUGCUUGGGCUGGUGCAGCUUAUUACUUGCUACUCUACAUGCUCGCAAGCCAUAUUGUUGGGGCUAUAUGGUACUUAUUGGCCUUGGAACGUUAUAAUGGAUGCUGGACCAAGGUUUGCAGUAAUAGCAGCUUGGACUGUCACAGAAACUUCCUGUUUUGUGGUAAUGAAAAAAUGGAUGGUUAUGCAGCUUGGACUACCAUCAAAGAUUCUGUUCUGCAAUUAAAUUGCCCAGUUAAUACAACCGAUAAUCCUCCUUUUGAUUUUGGGAUCUACUUAAGAGCCUUGUCCUCUGGCAUUGUCUCAUCUAAGAGCUUUGUCUCUAAGUACUUCUUCUGUUUAUGGUGGGGACUUCAGAAUCUCAGCACUCUUGGUCAAGGGCUUGAAACCAGCACAUACCCUGGAGAAGUUAUAUUCUCCAUAGCACUUGCCAUUGCUGGACUUCUUCUCUUUGCUCUUCUUAUUGGAAACAUGCAGACUUAUCUUCAAUCCCUUACAAUCCGGCUUGAAGAAAUGAGAGUGAAAAGACGUGAUUCAGAACAGUGGAUGCAUCAUCGAAUGCUUCCACCGGAACUGCGAGAACGAGUCAGACGAUAUGACCAGUACAAAUGGUUGGAGACACGCGGAGUUGAUGAAGAGAAUUUGGUUCAGAACCUCCCAAAGGAUCUGAGAAGAGAUAUCAAACGCCAUCUCUGUCUGGCUUUGGUUCGGAGGGUUCCAUUGUUUGAGAAUAUGGAUGAGAGGCUGCUCGAUGCAAUCUGUGAGCGGUUGAAGCCGUGUCUGUACACAGAGAGCUCUUAUUUGGUUCGGGAAGGCGACCCGGUUAACGAGAUGCUCUUCAUUAUCCGUGGUCGGCUUGAGAGUGUGACCACCGAUGGCGGAAGAAGCGGUUUCUUCAACCGCAGUUUGCUUAAAGAAGGAGAUUUCUGUGGGGAAGAGCUUUUGACAUGGGCACUUGAUCCCAAAUCUGGUUCCAACCUACCAUCCUCUACCAGAACCGCAAAGGCUCUAACUGAAGUAGAGGCUUUUGCUUUGAUAGCAGAUGAGCUCAAAUUUGUGGCUAGCCAGUUCAGAAGACUACACAGCAGGCAAGUUCAACACACAUUCAGAUUCUACUCGCAACAAUGGAGAACUUGGGCUGCUAUCUUCAUACAAGCCGCGUGGCGACGAUACGUGAAGAAGAAGAAACUUGAGCAACUCAGGAAAGAAGAAGAAGAAGGAGAAGGAUCAGUUACUAGCAUCAGAGCGACGUUCCUGGCUUCAAAGUUUGCUGCAAAUGCACUUCGUAAAGUUCACAAGAACCGUAUUGAAGCAAAGUCUACUAUAGAACUUGUGAAAUAUCAGAAGCCUUCAGAACCUGAUUUCUCUGCUGAUGAUACUAGUUGACCAAAUUUUACCAGAAAAGUGCUAAUGUCUAUGAACGCUUAUAACUUGUAUAACUCGGAUUGAAUUUUAUUGUUUGAUUUGUGUUGCUACAUUAAGAUAAAGAAAAAGGUGGUAACAUAAAAGAUUAUUUGUGAUUGUGA